UUUGUCAAUUGUAAACAAUACAGCUUUAUAUAACAUUUUUUUUCAAUUUUCAUUGUUAUAAUUUUAUUAACAAUGUCGAGCGCUACUAAUGAAAAGUUAAAGCAAUGCAAUAUGUGCCAUACAGUUUGUGGCAAAGGAAAGGUGCCUGAAGAAGUUGUUCAAGAAUUAGAUGACGCUUUUGAGUGCUUAGAAUCGUCCCCUAUCAUGUCACUAUUAAAAAAACAUCUUAACAAAAAUGUUUUUGACGAACUUAAAGAUUUAAUUACGCCUUACGGAUCAACUCUUUGGGAUUGUAUUAAAUCAGGUGUUGUUAAUCUAGACUCAGGAGUAGGAAUUUACGCUCCAGAUGCUCAAGCAUACCACGUUUUCGACAUACUCUUCGAUAAUAUCAUUGAAGAUUACCACAAUGGAUUUAAAUAUACAGAUAAACAACCGUUACCCGAUUGGGGGAAAGUAAGCACUCUGCAAAAUCUUGAUCCUCUCGGAAGAUACGUGGUAUCCACGCGAGUUCGUUGCGGUAGAUCCCUAGAAGGUUAUCCAUUUAAUCCAAAAAUGAAGGAAGACGAUUAUGUCGCGGUGGAAAAGAAAGUCACCAACGCUUUGAGAGAAUUAAAAGGCGAUUUAAAAGGGGUUUAUUAUCCGUUGGCCGAUAUGAGUCCUGAAGUUCAAAAGAAAUUAACCGCCGAUCACUUAUUGUUUAAAGAGGGUGAUAAAUAUUUGGAAGCUGCUGAUGCGAAUCAUUAUUGGCCGGUUGGUAGAGGAAUUUUUCUUAAUAACGAAAACACGUUUAUGGUUUGGGUGAACGAAGAGGAUCAUGUCCGGAUUAUCUCGAUGAAUGACGGUGGUAAUUUACCCAAAGUUUAUUCUCGUUUGGUUGAAGCUGUUAGACAAAUUGAAAAGAGAUUAGCUUUUGCAAGAAGUGUCCGAUUGGGAUAUCUCACAUUUUGUCCUACGAAUCUUGGUACGACAAUCAGAGCUUCAGUACAUAUUAAGCUACCCAAUCUUGGAAAGGACACAGAGGAACUUGAAUUAGUCGCCGACGAAUUUCAUUUACAAGUAAGAGGUACAGGUGGUGAGCAUACCGAAGUAAAGGAUGGAAUUUACGAUGUGUCCAAUAAGCGGAGAAUCGGCUUGACCGAGUAUGAAGCUGUUAAAGAGAUGCAUGAUGGUGUGUUGGAAUUAAUUAAGAGAGAACAAGAAUUUGGGGUUGUAAAGAAAUAAGCAAAAAUAUAAUUGCUUUUGAUUUGAA